CCUGUUCCAUUUCCCCGCUUCAGUGGGACAGGAACUCCCUGUACUCGCCUCCCUGACGCGAUAGCCUCAAACAGGGAAGAAGAUUGCCCCACACCAAAAAACGGUGCUAUUUAUGCUUUUUCACCGCCAUUGCUUUCCAGGGGCGUCAAGCGUGUUAAUAUCAGUGUUGAAUGGAUUUCUAAGUCGUUAAAGUGGACCAAAUUCCCAGGAAAACAACUCCGGCAGCAUCAUGGCGUCCACGGUAACGCUGGAGGAUGCUCUGUCCAAUGUGGACCUUCUGGAGGAGCUGCCUCUCCCAGACCAGCAGCCCUGCAUCGAGCCCCUGCCCUCCUCCCUCAUGUACCAGCCCAACUUCAACACCAACUUUGAGGACCGUAAUGCCUUUGUGACGGGGAUCGCCAGAUAUAUCGAGCAGGCCACCGUCCACUCCAGCAUGAAUGAGAUGCUGGAGGAGGGCCAGGAGUACGCUGUGAUGCUGUACACGUGGAGGAGCUGCUCCCGCGCCAUCCCACAGGUGAAGUGUAAUGAGCAGCCCAACAGAGUGGAGAUCUAUGAGAAGACAGUGGAGGUGCUGGAGCCUGAGGUCACCAAGCUCAUGAACUUCAUGUACUUCCAGCGAUUGGCUAUAGACCGGUUCUGUGGGGAGGUGCGUCGCCUCUGCCACGCUGAGAGGAGGAAGGACUUUGUCUCUGAGGCCUACCUGCUGACCUUGGGGAAGUUCAUCAACAUGUUCGCCGUGCUCGACGAACUCAAGAACAUGAAGUGUAGCGUCAAGAACGACCACUCCGCCUACAAACGAGCUGCCCAGUUCCUCAGGAAGAUGUCAGAACCCUCGUCCAUCCAGGAGUCUCAGAACCUCUCCAUGUUUCUGGCCAACCACAACAAGAUCACUCAGUCUCUGCAGCAACAGUUGGAGGUGAUUAACGGCCAUGAUGAGCUGCUGGCUGACAUAGUCAACCUGUGUGUUGAUUACUAUGAGAACAGGAUGUACCUGACCCCCAACGAGAAACACAUGCUGCUCAAGGUGAUGGGGUUUGGUCUGUACCUGAUGGAUGGCAGUAACAGCAACAUCUACAAAAUGGACGCCAAGAAGAGGAUCAACCUGACCAAGAUUGACAAGUUCUUCAAGCAGCUGCAGGUGGUUCCUCUGUUUGGUGACAUGCAGAUUGAGCUGUCCAGGUACAUCAAGACCAGCGCACACUUUGAAGAGAACAAGAACCGGUGGUCAUGUACCUCAACAGGCAGCAGUCCUCAGUAUAAUAUCUGUGAGCAGAUGGUUCAGAUCAGGGAAGACCACAUGAGGUUCAUCUCUGAGCUGGCUCGCUACAGUAACAGUGAGGUGGUGACGGGGUCCGGCCGUCAGGAGGCCCACAAGACAGACCAUGAGUACAGGAAGCUGUUUGACCUGUCUCUGCAGGGGAUGCAGCUACUGUCCCAGUGGAGCGCACACGUCAUGGAAGUGUACUCGUGGAAGCUGGUUCACCCAACGGAUAAGUACUCUAACAAGGAGUGUCCUGACAACGCGGAGGAGUAUGAACGAGCUACACGAUACAACUACACCACUGAGGAGAAGUUCUCCCUGGUCGAGGUGAUGGCCAUGAUAAAGGGGUUGCAGGUUCUGAUGGGUCGUAUGGAGUCGGUGUUUAACCACGCGAUCCGCCACACCAUCUACUCAGUCCUGCAGGACUUCGCCCAGCUCACCCUGAGAGACCCGCUACGGCAGGCCAUCAAGAAGAAGAAGAACGUGGUCCAGAGUGUCCUGCAGGCCAUCAGGAAGACCAUCUGUGAUUGGGAGGCAGGACAUGAGCCCCACAACGACCCGGCCCUGCGAGGAGAGAAAGAUCCUAAGGGGGGGUUUGACAUCAAGGUCCCCCGCCGCGCCGUCGGCCCCUCCAGCACACAGCUGUACAUGGUCCGUACCAUGCUGGAGUCUCUGAUAGCUGAUAAGAGUGGUUCUAAGAAGACUCUCCGCAGCAGUCUGGAGGGACCCACCAUCAUGGACAUGGAGAAGUUCCACAGAGAGUCCUUCUUCUACACACACCUGCUCAACUUCAGCGAGACCCUGCAGCAGUGCUGUGACCUGUCUCAGCUGUGGUUUAGAGAGUUCUUCCUGGAGCUGACCAUGGGUCGCAGGAUCCAGUUCCCCAUCGAGAUGUCCAUGCCCUGGAUCCUCACAGACCACAUUCUGGAGACCAAGGAGGCCUCUAUGAUGGAGUAUGUGCUGUAUCCUCUGGACCUCUAUAAUGACAGCGCCCACUACGCCCUGACCAAGUUCAAGAAGCAGUUCCUCUACGAUGAGAUUGAAGCAGAGGUCAACCUGUGUUUCGAUCAGUUUGUCUACAAGCUGGCUGAUCAGAUCUUUGCCUACUACAAGAUUCUAGCUGGAAGUCUGCUGCUGGACAAGCGUCUGAGAGCGGACUGUAAGAACCAGGGAGCUAACAUCCCCUGGCCCGCGUCCAACCGCUACGAGACCCUGUUGAAACAACGCCACGUUCAGCUGCUGGGCCGUUCCAUAGACCUGAACCGUCUGAUCACCCAGAGAGUGUCUGCUGCUCUCUACAAGUCUCUGGAGCUGGCCAUCAACCGCUUCGAGAGCGAGGACCUCACAUCCAUCGUGGAACUAGAAGGUCUGAUGAACAUCAACCGUAUGACCCACAAGCUGCUGUCUAAGUUCCUGACGCUGGACAGUAUGGACGCCAUGUUCCGGGAGGCCAAUCACAAUGUCUCCGCCCCCUACGGACGCAUCACACUCCACGUCUUCUGGGAACUCAACUACGAUUUCCUCCCCAACUACUGCUACAACGGAUCUACUAACAGGUUUGUCCGUACUGUCCUGCCGUUCUCACAGGAGUUCCAGAGGGACAAGCCACCCAACGCCCAGCCCCAGUACCUGUACGGGUCAAAGGCUCUGAACCUGGCCUACAGCAGUAUCUUUGGUUUCUACAGACACUUUGUUGGUCCUCCUCACAUCAAGGCCAUGUGUCGUCUGCUGGGGUACCAGGGCAUCGCUGUGGUCAUGGAGGAGCUGCUGAAAGUGGUCAAGAGCCUGCUCCAGGGCACCAUCAUGCAGUAUGUGAAGACUCUGAUGGAGGUGAUGCCCAAGAUCUGCCGUCUCCCACGCCACGAGUACGGCUCGCCGGGUAUCCUGGAGUUCUUCCACCACCAGCUGAAGGACAUAGUGGAGUACGCCGAGCUGAAGACCGUCUGCUUCCAGAACCUCAGGGAGGUGGGCAAUGCUCUGCUCUUCUGUCUGCUCAGCGAACAGAGCCUGUCUCAGGAGGAAGUGUGUGACCUGCUACAUGCCGCACCAUUCCAGAACAUUCUGCCCAGGGUCCAUGUCAAAGAGGGUGAGCGUCUUGAUGCCAAGAUGAAACGUCUGGAGGCUAAAUACACAGCCCUGCACCUGGUUCCCCUGAUAGAACGCCUAGGAACCCCACAGCAAAUAGCCAUAGCUCGUGAAGGUGACCUGCUGACCAAAGAGCGUCUGUGCUGUGGCCUGUCCAUGUUCGAGGUCAUCCUGACUCGCGUCCGCGGUUUCCUGGACGACCCCAUCUGGCGCGGCCCGUUGCCCAGCAACGGCGUGAUGCACGUGGACGAGUGUGUGGAGUUCCACCGGCUGUGGAGCGCCAUGCAGUUUGUUUACUGUAUCCCUGUCGGAGCUCACGAGUUCACCGUGGAGCAGUGUUUCGGGGACGGUCUCCACUGGGCUGGGUGUAUGAUCAUCUCCCUACUGGGUCAACAGAGACGCUUUGACAUCCUGGACUUCAGCUAUCACCUGCUGAAGGUGCAGAAACACGAUGGAAAGGAUGAGAUCAUCAAGAGUGUGCCUCUUAAAAAGAUGGUGGACAGAAUCCGCAAGUUCCAGGUCCUCAACGACGAGAUCUUUGCCAUCCUGAACAAGUACCUGAAGUCAGGUGAUGGAGAGAACAUGCCAGUGGAGCAUGUUCGUUGCUUCCAGCCUCCUAUCCACCAAUCCCUGGCCAGCAACUGAGAUUGACCGGUGCACUGUCCAAUCACAUCGACGUUUCCACCAAUCCCUGGCCAGCAACUGAGAUUGACCGGUGCACUGUCCAAUCACAUCGACGUUUCCACCAAUCCCUGGCCAGCAACUGAGAUUGACCGGUGCACUGUCCAAUCACAUCGACGUUUCCACCAAUCCCUGGCCAGCAACUGAGAUUGACCGGUGCACUGUCCAAUCACAUCGACGUUUCCUAUAGUACCAUCAUCCUAUGUCAGACUAGACACAAAUGAUGUGUCCGAAAUGGCACCCUAUGCCCUAUAUAGGACACUACUUUAUAUAAACGGCACUACAUAGGGAGUAGGGUGCCAUUUGGAACGUAACCCAUCAGACUAGACACACAAUAUUCCUUCGUCUGCUUCUUCCGCCUUUAGGUUUUAAAGCAGCAGUGGACCAUGAGACUAAAGCCUUGUUCACACUUAAUGCCUUAAUGCUCAAAUCAGAUGUGUGUUCAGACAACAGUCAUUUGCUGACAUGGCUACGCUAGUUGUCAUAGUAACAACAGGUGUGUGUGCUGAUUGGUGGUGAGUUUGACACCCGUGCCUCAAACGAUAAGAUGAUCCAACUUCCAAACGAGUCCUCUCUCGCUAGCCACAGCAGUCAACUAGCUAGCCGUUUGGCUUUCUAGCUCUUUCACUCAUUUGUUCCUAAACAACAAGCUAGUUAGCUACCACAUGUUCUGGUCCAACUAGCAGAGUAGCUAGCAAUAAGAUAUGUUGGGGAAAUAAAUCAGAUUUGACCGUUCAGGCAAGUCCCCUACAAAUGUGGCUUGAAAUAUCUGCUUCUGUGUGCUUUUUUGUCUGUUUAGACGGCAGGAAACAGAUUGGAUCACUUCAAACUGCCAAGUGGGAACAAGGCUUGAGGUCUAACUUUCCUUACAUACUGUUUGUACACAAUUGUGCCUUAUGGUCUUAAUAGCCAUUUUCAUUCUAAACUCUCUUCUGUGUUUUAUGGAGCAUUGAAAACUAUAUCAAAUGAUUAUUUAAGGGGUUUGCGGUGGUGGGAUGUAAUUGGUAGCCUGUAGUCAAUGAGAAGUAGGAUGAUUCGUAUGGAUUGUUAAACAUUAGCAGCUUAUAGGAAAUCUGCAAAGUAACCAAGUUCUGCCUUAUACCCAUUUUAUUCACUGUGCCUUUUUGAAUCAUUUUUAAUUCAAUAAAUAUAUAACAAAUCUC